AGCAUCCUUCAGGCGGAAGUAGACGUAGGGAUUUUUUUUUUGGAAGUACUUUGACUUGCGCACUAGCUGCCAGGGUGUAGUCGGAUAUAGUUCCUUUUCUCCAAAACUUUUUUUUCCAUGGCGGUGGUUACAAAGCAGUAAUAAAGUGAAGGUUUGCAAGAGAGAAUUCGCGAGGAGAUUAAGCCACAACUAUCGCUUUUUGGAGGUGAAGCGAUUACCACCAUUUUCCGCAUGAGUUUAUUUAUAAAACCACAAACUCGGUAGCUGGCGAGUUACCGCAAACUUUUUAAAGACUGCGAGGAUUUAAGGGAUCAAGACAGUGACGGUAGCUACUUGAGGUCGCAUAAACAAAAGGACACAAUGUCGUUUUUUAGCUGUUUGUUAUUAUGGACUUUGUGGGCAGCGUGCAGUCAUGGAGCGAUGGAUGAAUGUAUAGACGAGUCCAAUCGGCCUCAGCGCUGCAUGCCAGAGUUUGUUAACGCCGCUUUCAAUGUAACCGUAGUGGCCACCAACACUUGCGGCUCGCCGCCUGAAGAAUACUGUGUACAGACCGGGGUAACGGGAGUCACAAAAUCAUGCCACAUUUGCGACUCCGGAGACCCCAGACACCACCACGGCGCUGCUUAUCUCACCGAUUACAACAACCAAGCGGAUACCACCUGGUGGCAAAGUCAGACCAUGUUAGCGGGCAUCCAGUACCCAAACACCAUCAACCUGACCCUUCACCUGGGCAAGGCUUUCGACAUCACCUAUGUGCGUCUGAAGUUUCACACCAGCCGUCCUGAGAGCUUUGCCAUCUACAAGCGCACUGGUGAAGAUGGGCCCUGGACUCCCUACCAGUACUACAGCGGCUCCUGCGAGAAGACCUACAGCAAGAUCAACCGUGGCUUCAUCCGCACUGGUGAAGACGAGCAGCAGGCUCUGUGCACAGAUGAGUUUAGCGACAUCUCACCGCUCACCGGAGGAAACGUGGCCUUCUCUACGCUCGAGGGUCGACCCAGUGCAUAUAACUUUGACAACAGCCCUGUACUGCAGGAUUGGGUGACUGCCACGGACAUCAGAGUGACCCUGAACAGAUUAAACACUUUUGGAGAUGAAGUUUUCAAUGAUCCCAAAGUCCUCAAAUCCUACUACUACGCUAUCUCUGACUUCGCUGUGGGAGGAAGGUGCAAGUGUAACGGCCAUGCCAGCGAGUGUGUGAAGAACGAGCGCAGCAAGCUGGUGUGUAACUGCAAACACAACAGAGGGCCAGAUUGCAACGUGUGCAAGCCCUUCUACAAUGACCGUCCCUGGAGGAGAGCCACUGCUGACAAUUCCAACGAGUGCCUGCCUUGUAGCUGUAAUGGAAAGAGUGCCGAAUGUUACUUCGAUCCUGAGCUGUAUCGUGCCACUGGUCAUGGAGGUCACUGCCGCAACUGUGCUGACAAUACGGAUGGGCCGAACUGCGAGCGAUGCCUGGAUAACUACUACAGAGAUCCCUCCGCCCAGCGCUGUCUCUCCUGCAGCUGCAACCCUGUUGGUUCUCUCAGUACCCAGUGUGACAACACUGGCAGAUGUAGCUGUAAGCCAGGAGUGAUGGGAGAUAAGUGUGACAGAUGCCAGCCUGGGUACCACACACUGACUGCGGCAGGCUGCAGACCCUGCUCUUGUAAUCCAGCUGGAAGCACGCAGGAGUGUGAUGUCCAGACCGGACGCUGCCAGUGCAAGGAAAAUGUGGAUGGAUUCAACUGUGACAGGUGUAAACUGGGCUACUUUAAUCUGGACCCCCAGAAUCCCCAGGGAUGUACUCCAUGCUUCUGUUUCCAGCAUUCCACUGUGUGUGAAAGUGCUGAUGGCUACCACAUAGACAAAAUCACCUCUACCUUCGACAGAGAUGAAGAGGGCUGGAAGGGACAGCAGAGAGACGGCUCUAGCGUUCCAGUGCAGUGGUCACCCACCUCUCGAGAAAUCUCACUCAUCUCAGAAGACUACUUCCCCAUCUACUUUGUGGCUCCAGAGAAAUUUCUUAGUAAUCAGCUGCUGAGCUAUGGUCAGAACCUCACGCUGAACUUCAGGAUUCAGCGACAUGAUGCUCGACUGUCAGCGGAGGACAUUGUGCUGGAAGGGGCUGGGCAUCGUGUUGCUGUGCCACUUAUUGCCCAGGGCAAUUCCUACCCAGGAGAGGAGACACAAACCUUUGUGUUUAGACUCCAUGACACAACUGACUAUCCUUGGAGACCCACCAUGAAACACGCAGACUUCCAGAAACUUCUGUACAAUCUGACUUCGAUUAUGAUUCGUGGAACCUACAGUGCAAGAAGUGCUGGUUAUUUAGACAACGUGUCCCUCGUGACUGCCCGCCGUGGCACUGGAACUCCUGCUCGUUGGGUUGAGAAGUGUACGUGUCCUCAGGGUUACUUGGGGCAGCACUGUGAGCAGUGCGAUCUGGGAUAUAGGAGGAGCCAACCUGAGCUUGGCCGCUUUAGCAGUUGCGAGCCCUGCAACUGCAACGGACACAGUGACACUUGUGACCCUGUGACAGGAUUGUGUAACUGCCAGCACAACACCGCCGGCAUGAGCUGCGAGAGGUGUAAAGACGGGUUCUAUGGUGACUCUACGGUCGGCUCAUCUUCAGACUGUAAAACCUGUCCAUGCCCCACAGGUGCCACGUGUGCCGUGGUGCCCAAGACCAAAGAGGUGGUCUGUACAAACUGCCCAACUGGAACCACAGGUAAGAGGUGUGAACUAUGUGAUGAUGGCUUCUUUGGGGACCCUCUUGGUGAAAAUGGUCCAGUCAGGGCAUGCCGUGCCUGCAGCUGCAAUAACAACAUCGACCCCAAUGCUGUGGGAAACUGUAACCGAGAGUCGGGCGAGUGCCUCAAGUGCAUUUACAACACCGCCGGCGUCUUCUGCGACCGUUGCAAAGAGGGUUUCUACGGUGAUGCCCGUGCCGCAAAUGUAGCUGACAAAUGCAAACCGUGCUCGUGCUCUCCGUAUGGUACAGUGGACAGGAAGACAACCUGCUCUCAGGUGACGGGUCAGUGUCAGUGUCUUCCCCAUGUCAUUAAUAGAGACUGCAGUGCGUGUGAGCCCGGUUUCUACAACCUACAGAGCGGCAAGGGCUGUGAACGAUGCAACUGCAACCCUAUUGGCUCCACAAACGGCCAGUGUGAUAUCGUUAGCGGCCAAUGCGAGUGUCAGCCUGGGGUCACAGGUCAACACUGCGAGCGCUGUGAGGUCAACUUCUUUGGAUUCAGUUCGUCGGGUUGCAAACCUUGUGACUGUGACCCAGAAGGCUCUGAGUCUGCUCAGUGCAAGGAAGACGGGCGUUGUCAGUGUCUCCCAGGCUUUGUGGGAGCUCGCUGUGACAUGUGUGAGGAGAACUACUUCUACAACCGCUCCACACCAGGUUGCCAGCAGUGUCCCAACUGUUACAGCCUGGUCAGAGACAAGGUGAACCAGCAGAGACAGAAGCUUCAUGACCUACAGAAUUUGAUUGAUAAUCUGGACAACACUGAGAAUACAGUGAGUGACAAGGCCUUUGAGGACAGACUGAAGGAGGCAGAGAAAACAAUAAUGGACUUACUGGAAGAGGCUCAGGCUAGCAAAGAAGUGGAUAAAGGCCUUUUGGACCGUCUAAACAACAUCAACAAGACCCUGAACAACCAGUGGAACCGACUGCAGAACAUCAAGAAUACUGUGGACAACACAGGAACGCAGGCAGAUCGAGCACGUAACCGAGUCCGUGAUGCAGAGAACCUGAUCAGCACUGCUAGAGAGGAGCUGGACAAAGCCAAGGAGGCCAUCAGUAAAGUGGACAUUAAAAUACCCACAACCUCUGGAGAUCCAAACAAUAUGACACUUUUGGCAGAGGAAGCCCGCAAACUGUCCGAAAAACAUAAAGCAGAUGCAGAUCAGAUUGAGAAGAUCGCGAAGGAUGCCAAUGACACAUCCACUAAAGCCUAUAAUAUGCUAAAAAAGGCACUCGACGGCGAGAACAAAACAAGCAGCGACAUUGAUGAACUCAAUAGGAAAUAUGUUGAAGCAAAGGAUCUGGCCAAGAACCUGGAGAAACAGGCUGCUAAAGUACAUGCUGAAGCAGAAGAGGCAGGAAACAAAGCUCUGAAGAUCUACGCUAACCUGACCAGCUUGCCCCCAAUCGACACCAAAACAUUAGAGGAUGAGGCCAAUAAGAUAAAGAAGGAGGCUUCAGACCUGGACAAACUGAUAGACAAGACUGAGAAGGAGUACAACGACCUGAGAGAGGACCUGAGGGGCAAAGAGACAGAAGUCCGCAAACUACUGGAAAAAGGAAAGACUGAGCAACAGACGGCUGAUCAGUUGUUGGCACGUGCAGACGCAGCAAAGGCUUUGGCUGAAGAGGCAGCGAAAAAAGGAAAAUCUACUUUCCAAGAGGCCCAGGAAAUACUGAACAACCUUAGAGACUUUGACAGGAGAGUGAAUGACAACAAAACUGCUGCUGAGGAUGCCAUGAGGCGAAUCCCAGAAAUCAACGCGACAAUCAAUGAAGCCAAUGAGAAGACCCGACGGGCCGAGGUGGCUUUAGGCAAUGCAGCUGCUGAUGCUAAAGAAGCUAAGGGGAAGGCAGAGGAAGCUGAGAAAAUCGCUAAUGAUGUGCAGAAGGGUUCGGCAAAGACAAAGGCUGAUGCAGAAAAAGCUUUUGAAGACACCAUGAAACUGGAUGGAGAGGUGACCAACAUGAUGGACCAGCUCACAGCUGCUGAGAAAGAGCUGGAGAAGAAGAAAGCUGAGGCGGAUGCUGACAUGAUGAUGGCGGCCAUGGCUUCUGAUAAUGCUAAAGAAGCUGAGGGCAAUGCCAGAAAAGCCAAAAAUGCUGUCAAGACAGUGCUGAACACAAUCAAUGAAUUAUUAGGCCAGCUCGGCAACAUCGAUAAGGUGGAUCUGAGCAAGCUGAAUCAGAUCGAUAGUGCCCUAAAAGAAGCCAAGGAGAAGAUGGCAGGAAGUGAGCUGGACAGGAAGCUGAAGGAGCUGAACGACAUCGCCAAGAGCCAGGAGGAUAUGAUCAGCGACUACGACCGUCAGAUCCGAGAGAUUCGAGCGGACAUCGCUAACCUCAACGACAUCAAGAACACUCUGCCAGAAGGCUGCUUCAACACUCCGUCUCUGGAGCGGCCUUAAGCUCUCCACGCCACACCGCUCCGUCUGCCUUACACUCCCUGUGUUCUUCCACAUCCCUCGUCCGUGCCGCGGACCUCCACCCUCAACCAAAACAGGCUUUGUUUUGUUUCGAAAUCUUUUACUCGCAUUUUAUUUCCUUUUUAUUAGGUUAUUGUUUGUAUUUCUACACAUUUCUUCGAAAUCAUGUUUUACAAACAGAAGACAAAAGCAGCUUUGAAUUUUUUGAUAUGCAGAAAUGCUACGUGAAGAGAACUCCAAGUAAUGGCCGUGGUUUUUUUGUGUGAAUGUGUGUGUGCGUGCGUAUUGUGUGUGUGUGUGUGUGUGAGCUGUUAGAGGCCUCGAGUUGAACCCACAUGACUGCACCACCUCCAGCUCUUCCUCUCAAACCUUUACAACCGAAUCAGAAUUCCAACCUAAUCAGAAGCCAAGGCGUUUGUUUGAGGAAGUUUGCUACUUAAGCUAGUGUAUAUCAUCAUCGGUAACGCUACUCGCUCAAAGCUAACAGUGAAGGAAUCUUAAUUUGUUCGUAAUGCGCAUCUUCUUUCGCCCCUCGUGCCAGAUUUGGUACCGAGAGAGAGUCGAACACGUAAAUACAGUAUUUCAGUUCAUGUGUAUAUAAAUAAAUAGUUCAGUACUAAAAGUUGAGAAAAUCCCUGCAUGGCUCAGCUGACUUUAUACAUUUCAUGGUUGCCAGACAUUUCAGUUUUGUGUUUGUUUGUUUUGAUUUUUUUUCAGACGCUGCUGCUUAUUACUGGUGUCCUGCAAAACACAUUAACAUGAGCAAAACUCAACACUAUGCAACUUUGUACAUUGGCGUAGCAAGACUUUUAUCUGAUACACUGGUGCUAAUAAUUAUUUCAAAUGUUAUAUUUUUGUGUGAAUGUUGUUGUUUUUUUUUUGGUUUUUUUCUUCCUUUUUUUAUUAUAAUAUAGAGAUGAGGAACUGUUUUUUUGUGUAAAUAUGCUUAAAUGAUUCAGGAACGGCUGAUUUUUAAACCCAAGACCCAACCAGCCACCUCAUUGGUUCAUUUGCGAGAGAGAAAAAAUAAAUAAAAAUCAGCCAAAACUUCUGCAUAAUAUAUAUAUAUAUAUAUAUAUUAUAUAUAUAAAAUAUGUUCUGUGGUAUAAUACGCUUGCCUGUAUACAUGGCUCAGUGUUGCAUCAUAGCUCUAUCAUUUAUUUUAUUUGUGGUUAAUUUUCAGCGGAUGGUGAUGCGUAAUGUCUUGACCCUUUAACUUGCACACCCCCACACGUGAUCCACAUAUGUCUCUAAUAUUUCAUAUUUAUCGGAAUGAUUUGCUUUACUUGAGAUGGUAAGCUUAAUCGCACGUUGCUAGUUAACCAUC